GUGAUUCUUACGCUAAGGUGUUUAGAAUGUGAAGCUUUUCGGUUUUGUCCCCUUUUGUUCCUUCUGAUCCUUGUUUUUGCACCUUUUGAAUCAUGUUGUGUUAUGGCUUUGAUGGUUUUUGAUUUCUGCUAUAUGGGUUCUUCUCAUUAUCCAUUUCGUAUCUUCCAUCCCAAUGGAAUCAGAUAAAGGAAUUGCACAUGGGGAGGAAAGGGUGGUUUUAUUCAGUGAAGAAAGUUUUCUUUUCUGAUUCCAAAAAGGAACAGAAACAUUCUCCUCAUCAUCAACAACAACAUCAUCCCAAGCCACCAAAGUUAGGAUGUUUUGGGGCUUAUCACCCCGAUGAUCUAGAAGGAGCACCAGUUGCUGUUGUUCCCUCACUUCCACCAAGAAAAGAAGAGACCUCACCAAAAAGUGUGCCAGAGAAUGAACAGAACAACCAAGCCUUUUCUUUGGUUUUGGCUACUGCUGUGGCUACAGGUGCUGCUGUUGCCGCUGCUGCAGAGGUUUCUCGUCUCUCAAACGCAAGUCGUAAAAGUGUAAUAUCGAAUGAAGACAUGGCUGCUACCAAAAUUCAAACAGCAUAUCGUGGAUAUUUGGCAAGAAGAUCCUUGCGAGGCUUGAGAGGUUUGGCGAGGUUGAGAACAUUGGUGCAAGGGCAAUCUGUUCAAAGACAAGCAGCUACUACCUUGCAAUGCAUGCAAACGCUUUCACGGUUGCAGUCUCAGAUUCGUGCAAGGAAGGUCAGAAUGUCCGAGGAGAAUCAAACUCUUAACCGACAACUGAUGCAGAAACGUGAAAGGGAAUUUGACAAGUUGCAAGCUAACCAAAUUGGAGAAAAAUGGGAUGAUAGCUCGAAAUCAAAGGAGGAAGUUGAGGCAAAGUUGUUGCAAAGGCAAAUAGCAGCUAUGAGAAGAGAGAAGGCUAUGGCAUAUGCAUCAACACAUCAGCAAACAUGGAGGAACUCUGCAAAAUCUGCCACAAAUGCUACAUUUAUGGAUCCAAACAAUCCUCACUGGGGUUGGAACUGGCUAGAGCGAUGGAUGGCUACUAGGCCAUGGGAAGAUCAAAACACAACCUACCACAUUGGUCAUGCAUCUGCAAAAAGUGCUGCAAAAAACACCAUGUCAGUGGGUGAAAUCACAAAACUAUACUCUCUCCGUGACCAGAACAAUGAUGUGAAAUCACCAUCAGCAACCAAAAAAGCAACUCGUACUGGCAGCAUGGAAUCCCCUCCAAAAAGAACCGGAAGAGCCUCACUGUCGAAUGGAACAAGGCCAAAGGUAUCAACUGGUUCAUGGGGUGGUGAUGCUGAUUCAAAAUCCAUGUUCAACAAAGUCCACGAAAACAAUCGCAGGCACAGCAUUGGAGUGUCACCACUGAACGAUGACGAGAUCCAUUCAAGCUCUUCACCAUCCACCCAGGUUGCAAAGGCGAAGCCAUCAUCCAAAGGAAGAAGUGCAUCACAAAGAAAUACAACACCCGAAAAUGCAGCAGCUUCUGCUCCUCUAAAGAAGAGACUCUCUUUCCCUGCUUCUCCAACUGGUGCAAGAAGGCAUUCUGUUUCAACCAGACCGGGAAAUGUGGUUUCUUCCAGCAACAGAAAAUGAGAGCGAGAAGGUAGAGAUGCAUCAUGCAUGCCAUUGGUGUACUUAGAAUAGAAACAUGAACGAAGAUUAAUCAAAUUACAAAAGGUGGCACCAAUAUCUUUCAUAGUAGUCUCUAUCAGCUUUUUCUUCAUACAAGCCAUGUUGUUGGUGCGCAAUGGGAGGAGAUGCAAUAAAAUUUGACUGAUCAAGUAUUCAUUUCAUCCUCACAGUUAUCUUCAUAACCGAUGCAGAUAACUUUUUCUUUUACUUUAACUCACUGUAGUAGUUCCAUGUUAUAUAUAUGUAACAAGAUUAUUGCUUUUGGGAGCGAUAUAUAAAUAUAUAUUAUGUAAACAUGUACUGCACUAUUUAUCCCAUUUGUAAAGUAUUCAUCAAUUCAUCAAUUCAAGACCAUGGUUCUAACUGUGAUAGACCAUGUUGUAUCUA